ACUCUCAGCACUGAACCGAGUGAGGGGAGAUCUGGAUGGAAAUGAAGGCGGCGGUGUCUUGUGCCGGGGUUUUGCUACUAUGUGUGUGGCUUUCUCCAAGCAAAGCUCUUUAUUUCCACAUCGGAGAGACGGAGAAGCAAUGUUUUAUUGAAGAGAUACCUGAUGAAACCAUGGUGAUCGGAAAAUACAGAACACAGUUGUGGGAUAAACAAGCUGGUUCUUUUCUGCCAUCCACCCCUGGCUUGGGCAUGCACGUGGAAAUCAAAGAUCCAGAUUCUAAGAUCAUACUGUCUCGUCAGUAUGGUUCAGAGGGCCGUUUCACCUUCACGUCCCACACACCAGGCGAGCAUCAAAUCUGCCUCCACUCCAACUCCACCAAGAUGCCACUGUUUGCCGGUGGAAAGCUGAGAGUGCACCUGGACAUUCAGGUCGGUGAGCACGCCAAUAACUACCCAGAGAUUGCAGCCAAAGACAAACUGACCGAGCUGCAGCUAAGAGCCAGACAACUUUUAGACCAGGUGGAACAAAUUCAAAAGGAGCAGAACUACCAGCGGUACCGCGAGGAACGCUUCCGCAUGACAAGUGAGAGCACAAACCAGCGGGUUCUCUGGUGGUCCAUCGCUCAGACCAUCAUCCUCAUCAUCACCGGCAUCUGGCAAAUGAGACAUCUCAAGAGCUUCUUUGAAGCCAAAAAGCUGGUCUAAACAGCAGACAGACUUACAGAGACACCAGCUCAAGUCACAUUCAUCACCAGUUUGUUUCUCAAGCAUGAAUAUGCUCAACACUUCAUUCCGUUAUUUCCAUUGAAAUGCAUUAUAGUCCAGAAUCACUCUGUGGACUUACAUGAAUGAGUCUCUAAAAGAAAAUUUAUCCGAAUGAUGUUGAAUAAGUCUUUAACAUGCCUUAUUUAGUAUUAACACACUUAAAAUCAUAAUCAUAAUGUGAUUAGAAAGAAGAAAAUGUUAUGACUUUCAUUAUGGGUGCAUGGUCAUUACUGUUGAUUUUAUUACUGAUAAAUGUGAAGAAAUAUGCUCAUUAUUGCACCAUUUCUUUUCUUUUUAAAAGUGUAUAUAUUGAGGUUCAUAGAAGUUUUUGAAAUAUCUGUGUGGUUUUAUAUCUGUGAUGUUUUGGGAAACCUCUCUAGUGUGUUAAACUCUUCGUUUUGCUGUUUAGAACAUAUAUAAACCGACAUUUUAGGGACUUUCUUUGGGUUUACAAAACGAUUUGUUUCUUCUAAUUGUUCUAUUUCUGUGUCAUAUUGUGAUUUAUUUAUUUUGUUACUGAAUUGUCCAUUUAAUUUCAGAGAACGACAGGAAUUUCUGUCAUUUGAUGGAAAAAUAAACUAGGUUUUUAGGGUUCUGA